AUGGACACAGACCAGGAUCAGGCAAGCCGAUUCAGACGCAUGUGGCUGCUGUCAAUCAAAGAAUCAAAGAUGGGGCAGAAAGAUGCUUAUUCAAUCAGAAAGGUCAACACAUAUCAGCUUCUGUAUUGCCGUGCUGGAAUUGGUUUUCAUCUACAGAUCCAGCCCAAUGGGACUGUAAGAGGUGUGCAUGAACCAGCUGAGCACAGUUGGUUGAAGGUGUUUGCAGUGAAGCCAGGAAUCGUGGGCAUUUACGGUGUAAAAAGCAGACUGUAUUUAUGUAUGAAUAAAGAUGGAACUGCACAAGGAAUGACAAAGUUUUCACCUGGCUGUCUAUUUAAGGAGCACCUAGAGGAGAACCACUACACAACAUACUCAUCUGCAGCUCAUCCAGGCCUGUACCUGGCUCUGUCCCACCGAGGACAUCUCAGGAGAGGUGACUUGGUGGGUCCACACCAUGCCAGCAGCCACUUCCUGCCUCGCAAAGUUCCAGUGAGCUAA